GUGACGUCAUUCUCAUGAAGCCUGGAGCCGGCGUUGUAACGCACGCGGGAUAUGAGGGAUGGUUGGACAGUAACGGCACGCGGGAUAUGCGGGAUGGUUGGACGGUAGAGGUGUAAGUGACUGCUGGACUGGUGAUGUCAUCAUAAACAAACCACGUGAAAUCGAUUCUAUGAAUAAAUGAAAAAAGAAUAAUUGUCGACUUCGUAUAGAUCGAAUAAGAAGGAGCGAGAGAGGAGGAGAGAUCGAGGGAGACAACUUUAAUGUGAGGCGCGUGCAGAAGAAAGCGCAAUCAAGCAGAGACAGACGGAGGCAACUGAGCAGUGGGUUUCGGUCGCUCAGCGCGUGCAGAUAUUGCAGAAGCGGCAGCAGCACCGGAUCCUGAGCACGCGAACUGUGUGAUGGCGGCGCUGACGGGAGGGGAGAUGUGUGUCAAAUACCUCAUGUUCGCAUUCAAUUUCAUAUUCUGGUUGGCAGGCUCGGCUGUGUUUGCUGUUGGACUCUGGCUCCGGUUUGACGCCAAAACCAAAGGCCUGUUCGAAGGAGAGGGCUCACCGUCUGUCUUCUUCACAGGUGUGUAUAUUCUGAUUGCCGCAGGAGCUCUGAUGAUGGUGGUUGGUUUCCUGGGUUGCUGUGGAGCCAUUCAAGAAUCACCAUGCAUGCUGGGACUGUUCUUCUUCUUCCUGCUGGUGAUCUUUGCUGUGGAGGUGGCAGCUGGAAUCUGGGGCUUCUCCAAUCAGAGCAAGGUGGUGGAUGAUAUCACUCAGUUUUACAGGGAGACCAUUGCAAACUAUAAGAAGAAUCCCGAGGAACCCCUGAAGAAGACUCUCACUCUUAUACAGCAUGGGCUGAACUGCUGUGGUCUAUCUGGAGAUCCGUUUGAGUUUGAUGCUGAGACCUGUCCCAAGAGGCAGGGCCUGCUGGAUGAAUUCAUCACCAAGAGUUGCCCGGACGCCAUUGAUGAAGUCUUCAACUCCAAACUCCACAUCAUCGGCGGAGUGGGGAUCGGCAUUGGGGUUGUCAUGAUCUUUGGGAUGCUCUUCAGCAUGAUGCUAUGUUGUGCCAUCAGAAAAACCAGAGAAAUUGUCUGAGGGGGUCGUCACCAUAGAUACGACCUGAGUGUUUGUGUUGCAUGAUGUCUGUCCUGAAGCACUCAAACAUGACCUCAUCCGUGGGGGGGAGCCAAUCGGAGCACAGCGAGAGCCAUGUGAUGGUUGAACCAGCCGGGGCGUAUCAGCGUUCCGCAGGUGGGUGAAGAGCGCACAUCUGUGCCAAUCGUUAGCUAUUUUAGGGUACACUCCGCCCACCUGAGCAAAGCCGAUUCGCUAGGACCUGCACCGUCAUGCUUCGCCUGAUUUGUUGGAACUCACAUCCUUUUCUGAAUGCUGCAGUCUGAUUGGUUGGAGUGCUGUGACCAUCAGUGACCAUAGUUUAUAUGUAAAUGAUGAUACUCUGCACAUUGUGAGCGCCUUUGAGUUUGACUCUUUUAUAACUUUUUUUUUUUUGUGUUUUUAUAUCAAUCAUGAGGUAUUUUUAAAACGAAGCUGUUCGAAUUGUGUUAUACAUCGUGUUUUUUCUUAUAUUGUUAUGAACUUUAUACAUGAUCUAUCUUAUCUAAAACAUGUUUUCUUGCACUUAACUGACAGAAGAAUAAAUGUCAUGUCUGACCACAA